GCGCCCUCAUAAUCAGACAAGUAGCAUUGUCCCGUCACACAGGCAGGGAGCGCCGUAGCCAUGGAAACGGCAACUUGGGGGACAGGUUGGGUGCACAAAGUACGUACACGGGACGCAGUCACUGUGUAAAUCAUGCUAUACCAAUGGAACACAACGAUGUAAAUGAAGGUUUUUUGGCAUUGGAACCACCAUCGAACAUGGACAUUUCUUUCUUUUAAUUCCACCCGGCAAUUCCUACAAGUGGAGUAAAUAUUACCCGAUACUUCGUUACAAGGGUUUGUCAAUAGAGUAGCCUACAGACAGUUUGAUGUUGUCUCAUUGAGUAAACUGGAAUAAAACCUGACUGACUGGAAGCUUCGUUUUGAUCCAGAAGCUCGCUAGUACCAUCCGCCAAGAUGCCGUCCGAAUCAGUCACUCUCCCAGCCAUCAAUUCAAUCCCAGCUCAACUCAAAGGCAAAGACUUCCUUUCCUCUUCUCACUUCCGUAUCGGCAACGACAGGCGCUUAUCGCGUAGCGCCUUGAGGCGCAGCACCUUUACCAAGGACUAUAUAGCACACGAACACUAUGGCAGAGUAGCGGCCUCUGAUCCACCAGCGCCUGCUGAUGUCAUGCACCGUGAUCCGCACCAAGGAAGUCAGAAUACCACAGAAUCCAAUUUGGCCUUUACAGGUCGCUCUAUACCCAAGGUGCAAAUGUGUCUUAAGCUCAAUAAGACUAACUUCAAGAUGGAUACUGAUGAGAGAGUGGAUGUCUUCCACACCACGCAUGCAAGUCACUACAAUCCCAAGCCUCUAAGUAAGAGUUUUCCGUUUGAUAACGCGAUGAAGAGCUACGUACCUCAAGGGGAUAAAGAGAAAGAGAAGAUGCCAAUGUCUGAUUACAGAGAUAACUUCUUGGGUCAUGACACUAGGGUGGUCAAGGUGAAGAAAGCUCCGUGUAUGCAUGAUGGCGGCCCAAGCACAAUUCGUGGUGAAGAUAGAACCCACAAGCAAUUUGCUUCGUCGACAGAAGAGCAGUUUCCUGGAAGAUAUCUGCCUUAUGUUGCAGUCAAACCGGAUCUUCUGGGUUCCAAUAUUCCUCGAGGCGACCAAGAGAAACUUGUCCAUAAAGACACUACCCAGCUUCUGUCUUAUCCUAAGCCUGGUUCAGCCAACUACCGCAUCUAUAGGCGUGACAACGCCCUCACCAGGCUAGGGGAUACUAACUACAAGGUGGGGCACGCGAAGAAGUAUGACAAGUUUGAGACGACAGCGGCUCAAUCCUUCCAGCUGGAUCAAAUGCCAGCCCCGACAGAGAUAAUCCCCUAUGAAAGCAAUGCCAGUAGCUUACCGGAGGGCGAUCGUAACCCAGAAAGGGUGAAAAGCAGAGUGACUACCACCAACUAUACGUUCUACCACAAAAAGCCCCCUGGGAAUUUCCGUAAUGACAUCAUAUCGGGAGCAAACAAACUUACCUCCAGUGAGGUCGCUUUUGGAGUACCCAGCCAAUACUCGGCGUACUACUCUACGACUCAGACCGACAAUUACCCAGCAUUCCAUGUACCGGUAGAACGUGUGGCGGGACACGAGAAGAUUCGGAGCAAGGUGCCUCUGGAUUACUAUGGAAACGGUACAGAGGUUGAUACAUCAACCACUAAAGAUGAUUUCCCAUCCUGGAGAGAGAUGCCAUUACACACCGUCAGCAAGGAAACACUUGCUAAGUUGCGUCGAUCCAACAUCACCCCACCCCUUCACGGUGAUCGUGAGUUUAAUACGACUCACUUGACUUCCUACACAGCAAAGAGGGUUGAUCGAUACCAGUACGACAGUGGGAAACUACAAAGGAGUACAGUACCACUUGGAACUAUGACCAUAUGAAGUUCAAGCAUUUCAGAAAUAUGUAUUUUCUUUUGGAAAGCAAAUCCUUUUCAAGUUCCACAUCUUAUUUUGCCUGAUUAAUUUUAUUUGGUUUGAUGAGCAUGUAAUUUUAGCAGUCUCAGAAAUAUCAAAGCCUUGUAUAGUCGUUUAUUUUGCCUGAAAGUAUUUAUCGGCGUAUUUUAUUACAUUUUUAUGAUUGAAGUGUGUAUAUAUUUCAUUCACUGCGUU